AUGAAAUCUUGGGUCUUCUGCUUGCUGCUCCUGCAGCUCCACCCAUGCCGGACUGUAGCUGACGUCAUCCCCGAGAUCGACACUUCCUACUGCGGCAGGCGCUUCCGGAUCUUGUUCCACGUCUCAGAACCCUUUACCAUCGUCGAUCAGACCCUCUGUACCCCCAGCCCCUUCACGCGCGACACGACGACACUCAAGUGCCCGGCCAAGGCCUUCCGUGGCGAUGGCGGGCUGACCUACGACAUGAUGACGUCACACCUCGCAGGCAUCCUGACAGGCUUCUGUGUAGCCAACGGAGCGCCGGAGAGAACGGUCGAGUUUGACUGGUACGUCAUUCGCAGCAACCCCAGGUCUGAGGACGCGGUACUGGGCAUGAUGUGCAACGGAGGCUUCCUCGCCAACGACACGGUCAUCAACGUAACGGCUGCGAACCCUUUCUGCCCCUCCCUCUCCUCGUACAAUGGGCCAAGUCCCAACGGGACCUGCGACCACGUUGGAGAUCCGGCGUGUGUAAGCAGGGGGCCGGACAUCAUCGCUGGAGCGAUCAGUAUCACCAGACAGCGUUACGACCUGCUGGAUUUUUCCAUGCCGUAUUACAUCUCUCAGCAAGUCACCGUCAAGAGGAAGUCGACCUUCGUCAUGAACGUUGAGGGAUACCUCAGCAUCUUUCAGCCCUUCAGCGGGCUGCUGUGGGCUACGAUCUGCAUCGAGAUCUUGAUCGUGUGGCUGCUGCUGCUGCUGCUGGAGCGAAACAACGAGGGGAUGCUGAAGGGCAGGGCGAUGUACUACGACGCCUUCUACUGGUCCCUUGCAACAGCGUUUGAUCCAGGUGCAAGUGGGAAGUCUGCAGAGACCUGGGGGGGGAAGAUUGUCUUCAUCGGUCAUUGUCUCUUCAUGGUUAUCAUUGCGGCAACCUACACUGGUGCUGUCGGAGCAUUCCUAAGCGCGAGCGCCGGCUCUCCCGUCAUCGAGGGCUUCUUCUCCCUCCAGUCCGGCGCCUUCAGUGUCGUAGUCCCCGGGCCGUCAUGGAACAGCUCCGCGGCCCGGCCUGCUUAUUUCGGCUCGUACCUAGGGGGGAACUCAGACGACAAGACCCAGUCGAGCCUGCAGUUUGACAUCAUCCAGGCGAGCAUGCGGUCUUCCAGCGCCAACACCUUCAACAUCUACACCGUGAAGAGGAUGGAGACAGUCCGAGCUGACGGCUCCCUGCUGGACUACAGAAAGGACGACCCUUGCACUAUCAAGGGCCUGGUGCUCGGAGCAUGGGACUACCUGCUGUGCAAAGCUGGCGAUGGCUCGGGGCAGCCGGACGCGCUCAUCUACCAUGCGCCCCUUGCGAUCUACGAGCUGAACCGCCGCCACAGACUGACAGGAAAGUGCGACCUGGUGACUAUCGGUCCUCAAUUCGAGCCAGUGGGCUUUGGGCUGGGCUUCCCUAAGAACUCGAUCUUCUCCAUCCCCUUCUCGCAGGCCAUCGACGUGGUUAGGAGCAGCGACGAGAUUCAGAACUACUCCUCGACCUAUGGCAUCCUCCCCAGCGACUCGAUCUGCUUCGAGGAGGUCGUUCAAGGUGGCGAGGUCCUCACCGUUAACCAGCUGUCCGGCCUCUUCCUCUUCACCGUCGCCGGCAUCUCCUUCGCCUUCAUCCAGGGCUACUUCACCCGACUGCGCUGCCCCUACCCCGAAGACUUCGAGGCGGCCGAGUACGACGACGGCAGCCUGUGGUCAGACAUACCGGAGGAAGGGCUGGAGGGCAAGGUGGAGGAGCUGCGGAAGAAGGCGGAGAGGAUCGUCGAGCUCAGCAAGAAGUACAGCAAGGCAUGCAGGACCGGGAAGCCGUUCACGCACAAGAUGGAGGAGGAGUCUGAGAGGGAUGAGGAGAUCGAGCCCAGAGAGAUACAAGGGGAGGAGGGACAGUGA